AUGGGAAAUCCAUCGCAGAUAUAUCGCCUAAUCGAUCGCGAACUCAAGCGCCGAGGCGAUUUGCGCGACGUCGACGACCUCUCUGACUUUGAAUUCAACUAUGUAUAUCUCGACGCCGUGGAGGGGUCGUUAGAGUUCAUGGAGGACACAGAUCCUGAGAUGUCCACACUACAGUCUCUCUCCGACCAGCAGACCAAUCCCAGCUUCCUCCAGCCGCAGAUAUAUAGCUCCCAGUCUUCAUCCUGGGCACCUUUUGUCAACAAAAAUAGGACACUUAGGCGAGGAGAUAGCCUUAAAAUCGCAUCCUGGAACUUACUUUUCUCUGCCCCCGCCGCCGCAGCUCGUACCUCUGCCGCCAUCGCCUAUCUGCGCACCAUGUUUGGACAACAGCCUCACAACCUCGUGGUGAUGUUACAAGAAAUAUGUCAAGAAUCGUUCAAUGUUAUCUUGAAGGACAAGUGGGCUCAAGAAAACUUCGUCCUCUCCAAUACGGAGCCAGCAUACUUUCAACCAAGUCGAUAUUUUACUCUCAUGAUGGUUUCGAGAAAUUUGCCAAUAUCGAACUGCUUUCGUGUUCCCUUCAUCUCCCAAAUGAACAGAGAUGCCCUUGUGGUUGAUAUUCCCUUAUAUGGGUACAAUGGCCACGAAGGAUCAAAAUGGUCACUCCGCCUGUGCACAACCCACCUUGAAUCACUCUACACAGGAAAAGAGUUCCGUUCUCGUCAACUAGUCCAAGUAUCAGCGCUUCUGAAAGGCGGCUCAUCCCAGGGGCAGAUAGUCUAUGGUGGGCUGGUCGGCGGCGAUAUGAAUCCGGCUGAUCGGUCUGAGCACGACACUCACCGAGCACCUGAGGUUGACCUUAAGGACGUUUGGGAGGAUGAGCCGGCGCCGAUACCACCGGUCUUGAAGCCCUUCCAGAAAGAUAUCACAUAUGGUAAAGCCAGAGGAAAUACGUGGGGCUACCAAUCUAACAGAGCCAGAUCACGAAGACGAUUAGACAAGUUUCUCUACACAGGGUCUAUCGAGACGUUUGCGCUGAGUGAAGCUCAGGACACCACUGGAAAAUUGGGUCGCUUUGGAAUAGGGCUGAAAACCAAAGUCGGGUUGGAUGAUGUUUGGGUUAGCGAUCACUUUGGGAUUACUGUCGGUAUCACGGUUGUCUGA